CAACUCUUAAUUGGCCCUCAAAACUUAGCCUACUUGCUUCUAUCUUCAGAAAGCCUUCCCUGACCUUGACCCCAUACCUUCUGCCCCACAACCCUAGCCUGGGUUUGGUCCUUCUCUGCUCCCACAGCACCGACUUCCUUCUCUAUUACCAUUUAUCACAUUUUCACUACCACCUCCUGAAUGACUUGAAGAAAUUACUAUUUAAGGAAGGCAAAAAGUGGAGAAUAUAUAAGAAUUAUCCAAGGAACAGUUGCUCUAAUAACCUUAGGCUUGGUAUAGAAGAUAUAGAGACACGCUAAAAUUUCUCCCCCAAUUAUUGCCAAGCAGAAAUUUGGAUGAUCGACAUGGAAAUUAUCCCCACAGGAAACAAAACUAUUACUGAAUUUGUCCUCCUUGGCUUCUGUGACAUCCCUGAGCUGCAUUUCUUGUUCUUUAUUGUAUUCACUGCUGUCUAUGUCUUCAUCAUCAUAGGGAAUAUGCUGAUUAUUGUAGCAGUGGUUAGCUCCCAGAGGCUCCACAAACCCAUGUAUAUUUUUUUGGUUAAUCUGUCCUUCCUGGAGAUUCUCUACACAUCCUCAGUGAUGCCAAAAAUGCUGGAGGGCUUCCUGCAAGAAGCAACCAUCUCUGUGGCUGGUUGCUUGCUCCAGUUCUUUAUCUUUGGCUCUCUAGCCACAGCUGAAUGCUUACUGUUAGCUGUCAUGGCAUAUGAUCGCUACCUGGCAAUUUGCUACCCACUCCACUACCCACUCCUGAUGGGGCCCAGACGGUGCAUGGGGUUGGUGGUCACAACCUGGCUCUCUGGAUGUAUGGUAGAUGGACUGGUUGUGGCCCUGGUGGCCCAGCUGAGGUUUUGUGGCCCCAACCACAUUGACCAGUUUUACUGUGACUUUAUGCCUUUAGUGGGCCUGGCUUGCUCGGAUCCCAGAGUGGCUCAGGUGACAACUCUCGUUCUGUCUGUGUUCUGCCUCACUAUUCCCUUUGGACUGAUUCUGACAUCUUAUGGCAGAAUUGUGGUGGCAGUGCUGAGAGUUCCUGCUGGGGCAAGCAGGAGAAAAGCUUUCUCCACAUGCUCUUCCCACCUAGCUGUAGUGACCACAUUCUAUGGAACGCUCAUGACCUUAUACGUUGCACCCUCUGCUGUCCACUCCCAGAACCUCUCCAAGGUCUUCUCUCUGCUCUACACUGUGGUCACCCCUCUCUUCAAUCCUGUGAUCUACACCCUGAGGAACAAGGUGGUACAUCAGGCACUUCGGAAGAUUCUCUGUAUCAAACAAACACUUGAUUGAAGAAGUGUAAUGAAGAAGAUUUUAUUUUGGACUUCAGACA